CUAUGCAGCGCGUGAUGUGCAAAGAAGAGUCAAGAGUGAUGCCGACCGAGCUGGAAGAGUUAGUAGGUUUUCUCUCUGCUCCUUCUCCACAAGUGAAGAAGGCAGCUGUGGAUAUUGUUCAGGGAUUAACUGGGUCUGAGGAUGGUUUACAGUCUCUUUGCAGCCACUCAGAUGUUCUGAUUCCAUCAUUAUCUCGAGUUUUAAGUGAAAAAAAGGAAGUUUCCGAACCCGCCGCAGAGGCUCUUAUAAAUCUGUCACAAAAGCCAGAGCAAGCAGCAAAGAUGGUAGCUAUGGGAAUGAUUAAAACAGCCAUGGAUAUUUUAUAUAAGCAAGGGUCUGGUAUUACCGGGUUGCUGGUUAUGCUCCUAGUUAAUCUCACCCAGUCUGAUGAUGGUAUUGCAUCCUUGCUUCAGACUGGAGAUGAGAAGAUUCAAGGACUCUAUCUUAUGAAGCUUGUGAGAUCAUUCUGUACAUCCUCUACUGAAACAACUGAUGAUCCAUUUGAACAUGUUGGUUCCAUACUUGUGAACAUCUCAAAGAAAGACUCAGGAAGGAAAAUGUUGUUGGAUCCUAAGCGAGGGAUGCUAAAGCAGAUUGUUAGGCAGUUUGAUUCAACAAAUCCAUUGCGAAAAAAGGGGGUUUCUGGGACGAUUCGCAACUGCUGUUUUGAAGCUGAGACUCAGCUAGAAAAUUUGCUUUUGAUAUCGGAGUUUCUCUGGCCAACUUUGCUCUUGCCAGUCGCUGGCAGCAAGGUUUAUAGUGAACAUGACACAUCAAAAAUGCCACUUGAGCUUGGCAGUGCACUCUCCAUUGAACGUGAACCUGUUGGUGAUCCUGAAAUUCGGGUUCAAGCACUGGAGUCUCUUUACUUGAUCUCAUUACAGGAGGCAGGUCGAAGAGCCCUUUGGUCUGUCAAUGGGCCUCGGAUACUACAGGUGGGAUAUGAGGAUGAAGAAGAUCCAAAAGUAAUGGAAGCAUUCGAGCAAGUUGGAUCCUUGCUGGUUCAUGGCAGCGGAACAGAGGAAUUUUCCACUCAGACAUCAAAAUAACAAUCUACUGCUGUGUUCAUUAGAUUGGUUUUACAAGUUCUCCAGAUGAACUUAAUGCAGGUUAUGAAAAGCCAUUAGAACACAAACUAAAGCUUCUGACCUCUUUUGGGGAUGGAGAUAUCCAGUGUAGAACUUCCAGGUUUAAUUUUCGAAUCCGUCACUAUGAUUAUUUAAAAAAAGUUGGUUUCAAUAUGUUAUUUUGUAGUUGAGAAAAGAAAUCAGUGUUGUUGCGAAUACGACAUAAAGAAUUUCCCAAUGGACCCUUGGAGUUGUGUUAUAGAUUUUCUGGUUUGUUUAGAGCACUGAUUGCCAA